CUCUCUCUCUCUCUCUCUGUGAUUUAGAGAAAGCUUAAUAAUGAUGGUGAAGUUAUAUCAUAAUUGCAGAUUGAUAUAUUAUUUCUUCUUGUUUCUAAGUUUCUUUGGAGUUUCAAUGUGUGAAGUCUUUGUUGUUGGAGAUGAAGAAGGCUGGAAUUCUGGCAUCAAUUUUGCUACUUGGUCUCAAUCCCAUAAUUUCACCAAAGGAGAUUUUCUAGUUUUCAAUUAUGCAAAGAAUGUACACAAUGUGUAUGAAGUUAUUGAAGAGACAUAUAGAUCUUGUGAGGCAAAGAAUGGAGUAUUGGGUGAAUAUGAUAGUGGGAAUGAUAAAAUUGAACUCAAAGAAGCAAGAAAUUAUUGGUUCAUUUGUAAUGUGGUUGGGCAUUGCUUGGGUGGAAUGAGGUUUGGAAUUGAGGUUAAACAACAACCCAAUUCUUCUACUCAUCUUCCACUUAAUCCUAUUGAUCAAUCUCCUCCUCCAAACACCAACCAUGCUUCUAUUUGUUGUGGAAGGUAUCCUAUGUGGUGGACCUUUUUCAUCUGCAUUCUACCCUUUAAUGUUCUGAUCUCGAACAUUUGGGGAUAAGUCUUGUUUGGUAAUUAUUUAGUUAUUGUUUGAUAAUUUUUUUUGCUUUUGAAAAUUAAAUCUAUUUUCGGUCGGUUUCUUAAUUAUCAUGGUUUUCAUCUUUCUCUGAACAGGAGAGUUGAAUUUUUAGCCAAAUUUAAGAAAAGAAAAAGUAUUUUAAAACUAUUUUUUAGGAUUUAAGAACUUAAUUUGGUUUUUGAAAAUAUUGGUGAAAAAGUUAGGUUAUAGAGAAAUAAAUUUUGAAAAUAUUGAUGGAAAGAGUAUUUAUAGGGCUUCAAUUUUUAAAAACUAGAAACUAAAAAACCAAAUGGUUUCUAAACAUGACAUUGGUUUUAAGGGGUUUUUUAGUUUUUGAAAAUUGAGUGCUUCAUCUUAGUUUCUUACUAUGGUUUUAAUCUUUUUGAAGUAAAAGAGUUGCAUUUCUUAGCUAAAUUCCAAAACAAAAACAUCUUGUUAAAAACUAUUUUUUAGUCUUCAAAAUUUGGCUUGAUUUUUGAAAUAUGAGUAGAAAGAAAACAAUGCAACAAAAGGAACUUGGACACAGAAAAAGUGUUUGUAGGCUUAAUUUCUAAAAACAAAAAAACAUUCAUUUCCUACAAAGUACAGGGAUUACAAUCAUGAGGUUUGGAGACUUUGAGCUUAAUAUCACUGAUGUCUUGAUUGUUUUGAGUCGACUUAUCACUUUUGAUUAUUUCUAAAAUGAAUAAAGAAAAAAUCAAUUAUAUUUAUCAUUUCCAUACAUAAUCUCUUGUAGUUUU